AUGCCCACGCGCACGCGAGUGGGCGAGUGGGAGGCGCAUCGAGGUGAUUACGAGGGGAUGAAGGAGGAGGACGACGAAGCAGACGAGCCCGACGUGCCUUCCUUCCCCGCACUCGAGGCUGCCGUUGACGCCGCUAUUGCACGCCUGGGUGGAUCCGUGCUGCCGAAACUCAACUGGAGCUGCCCUAAGGUGAGUGCUGCGGCUGGUUUGGUUCUUACCUUUCAAUUCUUACUCAAUCCUUACUACGAGGGAAUGAAGGCGGAGGACGACGAAGCAGACGAGCCCGACGUGCCCUCCUUCCCCGCUCUCGAGGCUGCUGUUGACGCCGCUAUUGCGCGGCUGGGUGGAUUUGUGCUGCCGAAACUCAACUGGAGCUGCCCUAAGGUGAGUGCUGCGGCUGGUUUGGUUCUUACCUUUCAAUUCUUACUCAAUCCUUACUACGAGGGGAUGAAGGAGGAGGACGACGAAGCAGACGAGCCCGACGUGCCCUCCUUCCCCGCUCUCGAGGCUGCUGUUGACGCCGCUAUUGCGCGGCUGGGUGGAUUUGUGCUGCCGAAACUCAACUGGAGCUGCCCUAAGGACGUGGGGUGGCUGAGUGCAACGGGCACGCCCAAGUGCAGCAACGCCCAGGAGGUCUUUCUGCUUCUCAAGGCCUCCGACUCCCUCACCUACGACCUCUGCCAUGCCUUUGACAGUUGUGUUGACUCUUCUGCAACUGACGAUUCUUCGAAAGUGGAACCACCUGCCAAUGGUUCCGAGCCUGCCAGUGACAGGAGCAAUGGCGGAGCAAGUGUGGCGGCUACAGAAGCAGAUGGAAAGCAGCAGGAGCGUAACCACGAUGGUGAAAUGAAUGGUGGUGCUGAGGCACGGCAAGAGCAGCAGGUGGAUGAGGUGGAGCAGCACGAGUGUGGGCAGCAGAGCCGUCCGUCUGAGUUUGUGCUCGCCUUGCGCAAGUGGUUUGACCUCCGGCCAGAAAUGGAGUUUCGCUGCUUUGUCAAGGCACGUCGACUCAUUGGAAUUAGUCAGAGGGAGAUCACUUCCUUCUACCCAUUUCUAGUUGAUUCUCAUGAAAACCUCAAGCUCCAAAUAUUGUGUUUGCCUCUGUGUUGA